CGGCAUUAUAUGGCUCAGUGUCAGGCGAGCCAGCAGCUUGCUCGCUAUUUCAUAUACACUUCCACUCUUUCUCCGAGCCUUUGUUGGCGUUGCUUCGUAUACGCGCUCGUUCUAUCCCACAUCGUGGUACCUACGUAGUUUUAACCGUACACCGUUGGUGCACAGAAGUCCACCCAGCACACGAAGCAAGGUCCAAAAUGACAAAUACGGGCACGGCGAUCGCCGUUUUUCUGGCGAUACUACUUGGCGCCUACAACGCGGAUGCCUACUCCAAAUAUGGCAGGAGCUGCAAGGACAUCGGGUGUCGAUCCAGCGAAGUAUGCGUGAUGGCCGAGGACCCCUGCACCAUCCAUCGGCCAGACUCGUGCGGUAGCUAUCCAACUUGCAAGAAAAUCAGCCAACCAGUGUCCAGCUCUUCGGGUGGAUCGACGAGUGGCCAGCAAUUGGGCACGGAAAUAAACAACAAUAACUAUCCGCCCCAGGUGCCGGCAGACCCGAGCGGCUCCCGCUACGCCAACUCGAACCCCUACGGCAACGCCAACGCACCACCGGCGGACGAGGUCAACCACCCGUACGGCAACCAUCCCAACAACAAUCCAGUCUAUCCGCCCUACCCCAGCAACAACAACCACAAUAACAACGGGUACCCGCCCUAUCCGAGCGGUAACAACAGGCCCGGCGCGCCCGUCGACCAGUACGGGUACCCGGUCUACCCGCCCACGCAGUACCGCCCCGAGCAGAGCAACAACCGUUACCCCAACGCCUAUCCCCAGCACAACAUGCCCCAGCACAGUCCGGGCUGGGGCAACGGCUACCCGAACACGAUCCACCGAAGGAACGGCGCUGCCCUUUCCACCGUUUCCAUCCUGGCUCUCCUCGUGCCCCUAGCUCUGGCCGUUCUUGGCUGCAGGUUGAUAGCGGCGUAGGUGCCAUCACCUGAAAUGGCAAACGAGCGUCUUUUCGAUCGCAUUCGCGUGUUGUACAUAUAUAUAAGGAGUAUACCCCAAUCGCGCGAGGACUCGGUGCGUUAAUCGUGGCGGGUCAUACCUACCGAGGGAGCGAACGUUUUUUUGUUUUUCCCUCCAAGGCGCAACAGCCCGAAAUCGAAUCGACUGGUGUUACGGUCCGUUCCAUGCCUUCUCUACUUUUCGGGGGAUUUUUACCAAACGGUUUCGAUCAAUAGAUCCUAAGAAAGUAACAUUUAGUCUUAUUUCUCUACCAAAAACUUUGACAUGCUUGUGUAUGACAAUCUAGUGCGUGAGAUUAUAUAUGUCAUUUCGGCGUUUUCGAAAUUAACUGUUUAAUCAAAUUUAGCGAUAAUAUAUACGUGUGUGUGUGGUUACGAAAGGGCUUGGAGAUUGUCCCUGCGAGUAAAAUAAUUUUUUCAGUCAAAGAGAAAUGUAACAUAAUAAUAUAAGUAUAUUUAUAAUGCGUAUACCAAUUCCUGUACUCAAAGAGCGCAUGUGCCUUAAUUGUUUCGAGAUAUUUUGUACGUAUUAUUUUCAAAACGACGGAUGACGCCCUUGAGAUUCCUUUUAUGGGGACGACACGUAAUAUCACCCCUAUCGAAUCAGUGCUGUAUGAGUGUCGAGUUUCUCUUUGUAUCGUUGAGCUCAAAUUAGUUGUACGAAGACUCCAGUAUUACAUCUUCCAUUAUUAUGCAUUUUCGUUCUUUUUUUUGUUUUUUUAUUUUAGCUGCAGUGCAAUUGUAUACGUUAACUAUGGUGAAAAAACUAAGAAAAAUAAUAAACAAUUUGAAUCCUA